ACCCAUUUGUUUUUUCAGCAACAAUGGGGAAAGGCACUGAUAAGUUUGUAAAGAAUACAAAACAAUUAUUUGACAAUAAUUUGAAAUUCUUGAAUAGGCAUUUAGGAGAACCAUUAUCUCAUUUAAUUGAUAUUCCUGUUAAAAUUGUACUUGCCCCUUUCACUAUUGUUAAUCAUCUUUCUGGGUCUGCUCCACGUGGCUUUGGUGUCCCUGAAUUCAUUUCCAAAGUUUCUUAUUCUGCUAUCUUUGCGGUUGCGGCACUUGGGACUUGUGAUAUUGCACUUGAGUUGGGGAAAAAAGUUAUAUGUCAAAGGAAUUGUCAGACUUGCAGCGGAUGGAAUGCGUUACGGUGUACAAUGUGCAGAGGCACUGGGAAGGUUAAGUACCAGGUGAAAAACUAUACACUAAGAAGUGGAGAGAAAGCAACAGCAGAGACCAUUGCUGCUGCCAUUGCCGAGAAUAGAGCAGAGCUUGUACAUCUUCCAGCCACUUUGGAUCUUAAUGUUCCAUUGCCUUCAAAAGACUGUGACACCUGUGACGGAACCGGUGUGAUGAAAUGCCCCGAGUGCAAGGAUAAAUUACAAAUCAGGAUAUCCGCCGACGACAUUAUCGAGCCUCCAUGGAAAGCAUAUAAUAUAAUGAAAAAAAUGGACUACCCUUACGAGCAUAUUAUUGACAGCAUGAAAGACCCCAGCAUUGCUGCUUUUUGGUUGAUUACAAUGCCUCAGAUCAUGGGAGGAUUUGAAUAUGAUGACGAAGUCAAACAGAAAAUUUGGUGGCAAUACAAGGAAAAUAUGCGAUAUGAUCAACUUCGGGAUGCCGUGGCUAAGAGAAAACCUGGAUGGGAGUACUUGCAAGAAGGCUUGAUCUCAAUGGAUCCUGAACGUGCCAGGAAUGAUCCAGUGGUAGUGAAGAACAUCCCUUACUACAAAGCAAAAAGUGCAUUAGAGGCGGAAGUCAUGAAACUCAAUCCGCCACCACGACCUCAAAACUGGGGGGACCUAGAGGUUCCACUAAAUGCAUCCGCAUGGAGCGAGGAAGACCUAAAGGAUCCUAAAAAGUUGUACGAAAUGACAAUUCUUCUGAAUGCCCAAAGGGAAAUCGCAGAAAAGAUUUUGGAUGAUCAAUGGGAAACAAAAUGGCGCCAAGAAAAGUUGAACAAGUUGAUGGAAGAGAAGCUACAACCAUACAUUCAGAAUAUUGAUGAUGGUGUUCUUCCUCAGCCAAUACUAGCAAUCCCCCAGAAAAAUGAUCAGAAGAGGACUCGUCGACCAAGAAGAUGGUGGUUUUUUUGAUGACGAGAGCUGUGAACCUACUGUUAUCAAAAGAUAUGGGAGCUAGGUAGUUGAGUAAUGUUGUAGUGUUUAGUCGGCCAAGUGCGGAUUGAACUGGUUAUUAUCACGAGAUAUAAAAUACAUGUACCUUAGACAGUGAAAUGUAAGUUAACAUCUGAUUACUUGAAAUUUUGGUUAAAUGAUAAUCAGUUAUUUGAGCCAUCAAAUUUGUGGCUUUUGGUUACCAAA